AUGACCCGCAGCAGUGCCAACAUCAGCAGCAACAGCCGCCCUUGCACGUCUGCAGGCGCUGUUGGCGGCGCGUCAGGCAGCACGCCAUCUGAUGCUGUUGCUGGCGCCGUUUCUGGCUCUGUUGCUGCUGCAGCAGGUGAUGCAUCGGCACCAUCUGCAGCUGUCGCCACCACCACAGACGCUACUUCAAAUCCGGGUGAACCUGUUCAGGCUGAUGCCUCACUUCUUCCUUCCCCAGCAGCAGCUGCAGCUGCAGCAACGGGCUCAAGUGAAAACCGAAUCGAACGUGGCUGUAACGAGGGAAAGAGGGCUCGUGAGGCACAGCAGGAGGCGGAGGCGGGUGAAACGGAUGCAAUUGAACACGUGCGAGGCAAACGCCUAAAGGCUGCAGACGAGACAGUGAAGCGCGAGCCUGAAGGCAAAGCCAAGGCAGAGGAUGCGACUAUGGAAGACACAGUGGUGAAAGUGCAGCAGGACGGGUCUCAGGCGAAUGGGCCCUCACUGAAAUCUGCUGCUUUUUGUGGCAAUGCAGCAACAAGGGUGUCAGCAGGAGGGGCAGGGCCAGCAGUUGAGCGAGCUGGUUCAAUUGAGUGCGGGGAUGCAGGCAAGGACGUCGAGUCUGCCGCAUUGGACCACCUCUACUCUACCAUUUCUCAGCUCGACGCCACCACCCGUGACUGCAUUCGCAGUGCCCUCCUGCGCCUUGCCACCAGCGCUCAAGCCCCUGCCUCAGCGUCUCUCGCGCCAUCCCACUCGCACGCAGCCUCAACUCUCCUCAUACACUCCCACUCCGCCACCUCCCUCACCGCCUCCUUCUGCUCCUCCGUUACCCCCUCCUCCAUCCCACAAUCCUCCUCCACGCCGCAAGCUUACACAACCAGCUCGUUGCACCUUCCUCCCCUCGCUCCUCCUCCUCCUCCGCCGCCCCCCCCUGCUCUUUCUCACCCCCAUCACACCAGCCCCGCUCCGUCAUCGCAAGCAGCAUUCCCUGCUGUGCCGCACUCCUUUCCUCUCACGUUGCAGCCGUCACCGAACCAUCCUCCAUUCCGCCAGACCCCACACGCCCCCCACCACUCUGCCAUGUUCCCUUACACUGCCUGCUUCUUACCCUGCUGCUCUGCACCAGAUGCUGGGUCCUAUCCUCACCUGCAAAACCCGUCCCAUCCUUCCUCACUCCAUCCGUACCCCCCACCUCCCCAACAUGCCCACCUAGUUCCGCUUCCUUCCGCUGGGCCUCGAAACUGGGUGACGUGGCAUGGCCAGAGCCAGCCAGCUAGCGAGAUGUGGGUCGUUCCAGGUCAGCAUUCCCGUGCUGCUGGGGCCGUGGCCGCUGCUUCAGCAGCUGGGGCCGCGAAUGCUGCCGGAGAGGCCAGGCAAAGCCAGACUUUGCAGCAGGGAGUGACAAGUGGUUUGGGAAACAACAUCGCGGGCGGCGUAAAUCGCAAUCAUCCCUGCUUGGCAUGUUACUAG